CUGCUGACUCCCCCCACAAGAUAAGUCCCAGCUGAGUGAUUAGAAUACAACAAUGGAUGUCGAAUCACAUCACCGUGAUUACUCUCUCCAACCUCUGAUCGCCAUCCGUUUCCCCCGACAUCAUCAUAUAGUUGGUUCCGAGUACCGACUCCAACCCCAUCGGAGGAGGAAGCAAUGGAAGAAACAGUAGGAGCCCUUUGGUCACUCUUCUCCUUCCUCCUCCUUUUCUUCGCCGUCUCCCUCGUGCUGUUGGCGGCGUUGCUGAAGUUCCUGAGGUCCAUGUCAUGGUGGUGCAGCUGCUCCGUGUGCGAGGCCUACGUGACCGGCUCCUGGACCGCCCACUUCGGUAACCUCUGCGACUGGUACGCCCACCUACUCCGGGAGUCGCCCACCCGCACCAUCCAGAUCCACGUGCUCGGGAACACCGUCACAGCGAACCCCGACAACGUGGAGCACAUGCUACGCGCCCGCUUCGACAACUACCCCAAGGGGAAGCCCUUCUCCGUCAUCCUCCGGGACCUCCUCGGCCGCGGAAUCUUCAACGUCGACGGCGACCUCUGGCGCUUCCAGCGCAAGAUUGCCAGCGCUGAGCUCGGUAGCGCCGCCGUCCGCUUAUUCGCCUCCUGCAUCGUGGCCGACGAAAUCCGGGGUCGUCUCCUCCCCCUCCUUGACUUCGCCUGCGCCGGCGAUAAGAUCCUGGACCUGCAAGAUGUGUUCCGGAGGUUUGCUUUCGAUAACAUAUGUAAGAUCUCGUUCGGGCUCGACCCCCGCUGCCUGGAGCUGUCGCUGCCUUUGUCCGAGUUCGCAGCGGCCUUCGACAAGGCCUCGAGGCUAUCGGCCAGGCGGGCGACCACAACGACGCCCAUAGUGUGGAAAGCCAAGCGGCUUCUCAACUGGGGAUCGGAAAGAGAGCUCCGGGAGGCGAUCGGCAUGGUGAACCUUCUCGCCAUGGAGAUCAUUCGCCAGCGAAGGAAGCUCGGGUCCUCCUCUAACCACGACCUCCUCUCUCGAUUCAUGGCCGGCGUCGACGACGACAACUACCUGCGGGACAUCAUCAUUAGCUUCUUGCUGGCCGGCCGUGACACGAUCGCGUCGGCCCUGACUAGCUUCUUCCUCCUGCUGUCUCGCCACCCGGACGUCCGUUCGGCCAUACGCUAUGAGAUCGACCGCGUGUUGGGAUGCAGCGCGGCCACCGCCGGCUACGACCACCUGCGGGACCUGCACUACCUGCAUGCGGCCGUCUACGAGUGCAUGCGGCUGUACCCGCCGGUGCAGUUCGAUUCCAAGUUCUGCGUCGAGGACGACGUGCUGCCCGACGGGACCUUCGUGCGCAAGGGGACACGAGUCACGUACCACGCCUACGCCAUGGGGAGGAUGGAGGAGCUGUGGGGGAACGACUGCCACGACUUCCGCCCGCACCGGUGGCUGACCAACGGAGUGUUCACGCCGGAGAGUCCGUACAAGUACCCAGUGUUCCAGGGCGGCCUGCGGGGGUGCCUCGGCAAGGAGAUGGCGCUGUUGGAGAUGAAGACGGUGAUCGCGGCGGUGGUCCGGCGGUUCGACAUCGACGUCGUGGCCGACAACAGCAGCCGGACGCCCAAGUUUGCGCCGGGCCUCACCGCCUCCCUGGAGGGUGGCCUUCCGGUCCGCGUUCGCCGGAGGGAGGAGAGCUAGCCGGAGCAACAGUGUGGCGCAAUCAUCCCAUGUGUAUAGAAUUAAGCAUGUCACAUACUGUUACUUAUGGAAAUGUAUUGGAAUUUGGUGACUGCGACAGCACCGGAAGCAUGCGGUCGUUCGGUCCAGCCAUCUCCUUCUCCCCUCUUCAUAUGGCUGCCGAUUACUUCCUCUCGACUGCCGCAGCUUGCCGCCGAGAGAGACACAGUAUCAUCGCCAUGCUUGCCAUCAUUUACGUGUGGCUGCAGUAAAGCAACGUCGGAAGCCGAUGCUUGCCAUCCUUCAGUCAUCCAAGUCGUCGUCUUCCUCCCCGGGAACCUGCAGUACUGUAACAUCGUCUCGGCCGCCAUGGCUUCUUAGCCACAAGUGAUGACCACCACUGGAGCUUCAAGAUUAGGGAUUCAUCUCCUGCAAACAAUAUACAUCUGCGCAGGAAGCUGUUGAAGGUGUGAAACAUAAGGGUGGAAAUGAAGCGACAUGUUCUAUCAAGAAAAGAAAACGAAGCGAUGUGAUGGAUGGAUGGAUGGAUGGAUGGCGGCAUCGGAAAGGAAACGGCCGUAGAAAUAGAGCCAAGGCUUGAGAGGAAACCUGCAAAUGUCACCAUGCCCUGGCAAGUACAUUUGUUCCAAACGGCGAGAAGGACGGCUCCGACCAUAUUACCGGGCGACACGUGAACGGAAAACGACAAAGAGAAGAAGACGCACACUACGUUGCGUGUUGACAUUGACCAAAGGGUCUACUGUGUGCUGCAGUGGCUUUGAGGUUUAACUUAUCAAAAUAUCAAUCAAUGAAUUUAUGGGUAAA